GCCGGGGGGAUCCCGGCCCCAGCGGCGCUACAAGUGGCCGCCGGGGGCGGUUCGGCUCGGGCUCCGCCGCGGUUUCCCUCCGCCCCGGCCCGCCUACCGGCGACCCUCUCCGCGGCGCGGAGGGGCCGCGGGGCGCGUUGCGUAACGCGGCGCUGGGCUCCGCUCCGCUGCGCGUCGCUCGGGGAGGCGCGGCGCGGCGAGGCGGGUCGGGUCGCGGCGGCCGGAGGAGGAGGCACCUCUUCCAAGUGUUUGAAGCUCUUCCUUCCUUUUGGAUCUGGAGAACAGAAUACUGAGCAAAAAUAAUUAGAGGGAAGAUGUUAGCAGCACUGUCGUGAUGUGAAGACCUUACCUGCAGCUGGGGUCUGCCAGUGAAAGAACAGAAAAUGAAGCUCUAAUAAGCACAUUCCAUGGCAUGAUUUUGGUCCGUGCCAACUAGCACACUCCCAGAUGACAGCUGUGGCAGGAUGGCGUGGGAGAGAGACUGUUCUCAACAGGCAUUAUUGACGAGGUGACAUUGGUGACGGAAGAAGGACAAGAAUGAUUACAUAUCCAUAACUCCCAGCAGUAUGUCAGGGUAUAUACCCAGUUACUUAGACAAGGAUGAGCUAUGUGUAGUAUGCGGGGACAAAGCCACCGGAUACCAUUAUCGCUGCAUCACUUGCGAAGGUUGCAAGGGUUUUUUUAGAAGAACCAUUCAGAAGAACCUCCAUCCAACCUAUUCCUGUAAAUAUGAAGGAAAAUGUGUGAUAGACAAAGUAACAAGAAAUCAGUGCCAGGAAUGUCGCUUCAAAAAAUGUAUCUUUGUUGGCAUGGCAACAGAUUUGGUGUUGGAUGACAGCAAGAGGUUGGCAAAGAGGAAGCUGAUAGAAGAAAAUCGAGAGAAGAGACGUCGGGAAGAGCUGCAGAAAACUAUUGGGCACAAACCAGAGCCAACAGAUGAGGAAUGGGAACUCAUCAAAAUUGUUACUGAAGCACAUGUGGCCACCAAUGCACAAGGAAGCCACUGGAAGCAGAAAAGGAAAUUUCUGCCAGAAGAUAUUGGGCAGGCACCAAUAGUUAAUGCCCCAGAAGGUGGGAAAGUGGAUUUAGAAGCCUUCAGCCAGUUUACAAAAAUUAUCACACCAGCGAUUACAAGAGUGGUGGAUUUUGCCAAAAAGUUGCCUAUGUUUUGUGAGCUGCCAUGUGAAGACCAGAUCAUCCUUCUGAAAGGCUGCUGUAUGGAGAUCAUGUCCCUCCGAGCAGCAGUUCGCUAUGACCCCGAGAGUGAGACUUUAACGCUGAAUGGGGAGAUGGCAGUGACAAGGGGCCAGCUGAAAAAUGGGGGUCUUGGCGUAGUGUCUGAUGCCAUUUUUGACCUGGGCAUGUCUCUUUCUUCAUUUAACCUGGAUGACACCGAGGUUGCCCUUCUUCAGGCUGUUCUGCUCAUGUCAUCAGAUCGCCCAGGCCUUGUUUGUGUGGAGAGGAUAGAAAAGUGUCAAGAGGGUUUCCUCCUGGCAUUUGAACACUACAUUAAUUACAGAAAACACCAUGUUGCACACUUUUGGCCAAAACUGCUGAUGAAAGUGACAGACCUGCGAAUGAUCGGAGCCUGCCAUGCCAGCCGCUUCCUGCACAUGAAGGUGGAGUGCCCCACAGAACUGUUCCCUCCUUUGUUCCUGGAAGUGUUUGAGGAUUAGAGACACUGAGGUGGCUCUCCACACCCCUGUCGCACUACUGGCUGUCAUUUCAUCCCGUUGCCCAGCUCUUCUCACCUGUUUGUUCUUCUUUCGUGGUCUUCUGUUUCUUGAGAUGGGGCUGGGGUUUUGUUUGGGUUUUCUUUUGGGGUUGCUGGGGGGCAGUUAUAUACACAUGGAUGAAAACAUCCCUUUAAUGCGGGUACUUGUGACUAUUGCAAUUUGUUCUUCAGUCCUUUGAUGUGAAUGCUUUGACAGCUUAACAGUGAAAAUAUGAACAGACCAAUUUCAUUCACCAGCAUUUGCGUGGUCACCAGCUCACACCCAUCACUGCCUGGAAAACAGGAGAGAGAGAUUAAAGUGGCAGAAAAACAAAUUGGCCUUCAAGUUAAAACAGCUAUUGCUAAUUUGAUCCUGACAAUUCUGUCUUGUAUUAUCUCCUUUUGCAGGGUACAACUGACCAAUUCAUAAUAUGAAAUUUCUGGUCUUUGUGAUUGUUUCUAUUGUAACAAUUACCACUGUGAUCUAGGAUCUUCAUCAUCAUCACCAUCAUGAUCCCAUCGUUCUCUGAGGUUUUUUCCAGCAGAUGCAGUUUAACUGUGCCCCAUAAAUCAACUACUUAAAAUAAUGCAGAGUGUUAGAAGGGAUUGAGUAUUUUUUUUCCAUGUGUAUAAGAUAUUAAGAUCUUCAGUUACUAAAUUUAGACUCCAGGUAACUUCACUGGAAGGUUUGUUGGAGUGAGGAGGGAAAUUUGAUCCUCUGAGAUGCUUUUCCUGAUAGUGGAGGGGUCUGUUUUUUCUGAGGUGUGUGGAAAAUCCAUCACUCUGAGGGAGAAGGCUCUCUGUCAGGAUAGCAGGCAGUGUCUCAGAGUUAUUCAGGGACAUGAUGGCUCAUAGAAUGAGGACAAGCAGAAUGAAACAUACGGGGUGACCUUCAGAUGGAACAGAAACCAACUGUGUUAUUAACAACACUCAAGACUGUAGAGCUUUAUCCCAGUAAUACAAAUAGUGUUGCUCGGCAGUAAUUCUUCGUUUGAUAUAUAUAUAUAUAUAUAUAAAGUUUAUAUGCACAUAUAUAUAUAAUUUUAUAUAUAUAAUUGCAAAUCUUCAGCAGAUGUCUUAAACAUAAAUCCAUAUUUUUAUCUUCUCUCUGACUCUGUCCUAUGUGUGUGUGUGCACACGUGUGGAUCACCUGAGUUCUCCCUCCCUACAGGUGUGUCUGUAUGUGUUUCCUUAAGCUAAAUUCUCUCUUGAUUCUGUUAAUUUAUUUCCACUAACUGCACUAGCAGGAACCAAACUGGGCAAUGACAAGAUGUCCUGCUGCCGAAGUCUGCAAGCCAGUACUCACAGUCCUGGAAUGUUCAGAGGCCAGUGGUGAGGACAUUGUAGGUAGAGGUUCCUCUCUGUCACCAUCUCCAUUCAGGGAUGUUGUCCCUGGGUUUUAUAAACUUGAUAUUAAACCAUCCUCUGAAUUUGUGUGACACAUCUAAAACAUCUUUCUGUUCUUCCUGGGAACCAGAGACUCUGUUCAUGUUUUGUGCACUGCCUCACACCUUCUUUCAUGUUGUUCUCACAUUCUUUCAUGUUGUGCAUUGAUUUGUACUAGUUUCUUUCUCUGCUAUUUAUUGACCCAUUUGUCCAGCAAGUUGUGUUAGAGUGGAUGUAUUGACUUUGAAAGUUCAUGGCCCAUAUCUGAACCCAUAUGUUAUGUGCUUAUCCCCUCAAGAAAACAGGAUACUCAGGAAAACUUACAGAUGGAACAUGAUAUAUGUGUGUCAGGAGUUAAAUUCUUUCUACCCUCCUUUCCCUACAUCAUUGAUAAAGCAUUUGGAGUGCUAUCAGCAUGUUCUUAGGGAUGUGGAGUCUUGUUCUCUGUGUUGUUUGAUACCAUAUGCACCUCUGAUGAGCUAUGAGCACUAAGGGGUUUUUUUAUCAGAACAUGAAGCACAUUUGGUUGUUUAGGAGUUUUUUGCAGGUGUCAGUGAAAACACACAAUUGGAGAUUAAUUCUUAAAUAUUUCGUGUAGAACCUCUUUUGCUGGCUCUGAUUGCUCCAUGUUAAAGUGUGUGUCUAAACAAUAUCUUUAUCUAAAUUCCUUGUAGAGCACUGUCUUGUGGACAGGUGCAAUGUGGCAAAAUGCACACGUGAUACAGGACUUCUACAAUUUUCUAAGUUUAACAAAUUAGGAUAUUUAACAAUAGUGUCCAAUUAGAAGAGCACUUAGUUAAGUAAUCUCCCCUUUUGGUUCUGCCCAUUUGGAACCCCUCCUGAGUUUCUAGCCCAAUAUUUAUUAUGUCUAGGAUACAUGGUAAAAGGAAAUAAUAUGUCCUUGGUUAAAGAGGCAGAACUAAAAAAUAUUUCAGGAAUGUAGCAUAGUAUGUCUUAGAAGGUCAUCUUAUUGGUCUAAAAUGUAGGGGAAAAGGGGUAGGAAAAGUACUGGAAACUACAGCAAUGUAUCAGAAAUCUAAAAUGUUACAAAUACAUGACAAAUAUAUGAAAAGCUUAGGCAUCAGUGCCUAUGCCCACAGUGGCUUGCAAAGAAAAGAGAAAUGUGCGUGUCUUUUGAAGCCCUGUUCUGCCAUGAAUCUGAGCAUGGAAUUCCUCCUGAAGCCAGUGCAAGUACCUCACCUGUUUGCUUAAUGUGAGCUUGAGUAGGCAUUCAAGCUUUUGACUGUGCUGCAGGCGAGACCCAGGAAAAGCAUCAUCAUAUCUCUUCUUGUUCCAAAAUACCAAAGCAGUUUGGAGCUGUGCUUAGUCAGGGUUCAGAAAAUCAGGCCACCUUCCUUAGGUGAUUGCAGAAUGACUGAAGUGCCUACAAUUGGGCAACUGAGUUAGACAGUUCUGGCAGUGCUCUAAGGAGAAAGGACAUACAUCAACAUGUUUUUUAGCUUUUCAGGUUAAGUUGGAGUCUGGCACUAAUUGACAGACUGAAAACUAAAGCCAAGCUCAUAGUUGGACAGAUUUGAUGUACUGACAUCUAAUGGCCUCUGAUGUCCUACCAGUCUUACUUUGUGUCAUUUCCUUUACUUCCUCAGUACAACUGCUGAUUUAUGUGAUUGUGAGAGCAAAACUAACUGACCUUAGCUCUGCAAAGAUGUAUUUCUGAAUAUCAGUGGUCUCAAGCCAUUGUGAGAUUGAACCCCUGGACUGACCACCUCGGUGGCAGACACUAGUGCCACAGUCAGCACCCUUUGUAGUAACUGGCCUUCUGAGUGAAAUAACAAACUUGUGCUUUCCGGUGCAGUCCAGAGUCUUGUUCUGCUGGUGCCACAUGGCUCUCAUGUUUGCUCUGUGGUCUACAUGUGGGUCUUACACAAAAGGUUUUUCCUGUCAAACCUGAUUGUCACCAUUCAUGGUAUUGCCCUGAGUAACAUGUGCAUAUAGAUACUCAUUUCAUGUGUACUCUCAGUUAAGUUGUGAUAUUUAUUAUAACAUAUAUAGUGCGUGCUAAUGAUUUUUUGUUUACAUUCUGCCAAAAUGUAGACGUUAGAGUUAAACCUCCCAGGUCCAAAAUCAUCCUUGAGCAGACUGCUUGCUUCUUCAGAGGCAGGUAUCAGAAAGAGGAAAAAACUGUCCAGAAAGACCAUUUAUAUCAGAAAUCUGCCAAGAGAGGGCUGUUAAUCACAAGCAGAGCAUGUCAUUGCUAGUGAUGUAUUUUUAUGCUAUGGAACUCUAAUCUGUAUGUGUCAUAUUGACUUCUUGCUGCAUGAAUCAUAAAUUUUAAAAAUCAGUCUUAUGGUUUUGAGAUGUAGCCAGCAUUCCUAAGGCUAAACCUUUUUCAUUGACAGAAUCAAAAUCCACAACCAAGGAACGUUUUCCUCUCACUGUGAGAGCAAUUGAAAGUGUUCAACAUUUAUCUUUUCACAAAGGAAGAGGCAACAGAACCUCUUAAUGUGUCUUGUUAUUGUGAUCAUCUGGAAAUGAUUGCCAGACGUUUCCUUUUGAUAUAGUAAUGAAGUGAUCUGUAUUUAAAUUUUAUAGAGAGAAUUUUAUUCUAGUGUGAUAGAGAUUUAUUUUCCACUUAAAGACUCAAAACGGUGUAAGCACGUUUUUGGUUUUGUUUUUUUUUUUUUACUAUGGUAUAUUUUUGCUUUAAAAUUUAAAACAAAACAAAAAAAAAAAAGGUUUGGCCUUAUCACAAAGUUUUAGUAUAGAUGUUAGCAAACGCAAAGAGUAUGCAUUAUUUGUGUGUAUCCACAUUGACUGAUGUCGCCUUCAAAAAGCAAUAUUGUGCAGGUAAUAAGUUGUUUGUGACUGUCCAUUGCACAGUUUACCUUCUUUAAAAGCUAACCUUGUUUAUGCACAAGACAAUCAAAUGUAAAUCUACAUCAGCACCCCGGUGUGGAUUAAAUUUAUGUAAAUUACUGAGCACAAUGUAAAACAUUAAAAGACACUUUAUUUAAUUACACAUUUAAUGUUGGUAAAGAUAGUAUCAGGGCAUGAACUAGCUGACAUACUGUAAUUUCUUUUUCUCUUUUCCUACUUCCUUAGCACUCUACAGUUUCAGUUUGCUCAUAAAUACAUCAAAUUAGUCAUUCAUCAUUUUUUAAAAGAGGAGGGUGGCUUGGGUUUUUUAUUUGUUUUUAUGAAGUUGAUUGGGAGGACUUGCUACUUCGUCUAUGAGGUUUGUGGGUUUUGCUUAUUUGUUUUAUUUUUUUAUAUCAGUUUCAUGCCCUGAGGGUAAGACAAACAUUACACCGUACAGUAAAAAAACAAAGUACCUUGGAUGAUGUAUUUUUUUGCAAACAGUGUUAAGAGUUAUGCUAGAUUGGUAAUAUUUUUUCAGCCUAAAAUAUAUUAAAAAAUCUGUGAUCACAAAUGUUUUAAACUAUCUAAAGAGAAAAUUUGUAUAUUUGGGGAAGAAAAUAAUUUUUACAUAGCUUUUGUAUGCAGAUAUUAAAAUGUAAUUAUGAAUAUAGUGGGCAUAGAUAACUGUGUAAGCUUGAAUUCUAAAAAAGAAAAGCUUAUAACUGAAAAGUG